AUGGAAAGUUUUCAAAAAGAAUUUGUAGGAAAGAGAAAACUGAUGCGAGCCUAUUUUCAUAUCAAAUUCUAUGAAAAACAUACAAACUUGCUUCCGAGGGAAUAUUUGAAUGAUGAAUUGUAUUUGCCAAGUGAUGAUGAUAAGAAGGAAGGAUUCAUUCCACGAUUGAUUAGUGCAAGUAAUGAGGGAUAUGUCUACGCAGAGGGAUUUUGUUCUCAAUUGUGUGGAGGAUACUUUGUUGAGGGAUAUGAUCCUUCGUGUCCUGAUGUGUAUAGAACUAGAUUGAAUGGACAAUAUUUCAGUAUAUUUUCGGCUGUUUUUUCUGAGGAUUUCACAGCAAUGAUUGAGCAGUAUCUCAAGACUAAUCAUGCAAUGAUUUUCACAGUGGUAGUUUAUAGUGCCGAGCAAGAUUUUGAUUCACUGGUAAAUAAUGGUUUUGGAGGAUUUGAAAAAUUGUUCAAACUUUCUAGAAUUACAAUGGAUAGAUAUAUUAUUUCGUUUGGAAUUCACUAUGGAGGAAAGGACCAGAACUAUUCGAAAAGUUCAAGACAUAUUUUACAAAACGUUUACGUGAAUAUCUUUUGA